AUGGCGACCGAUAAGAUCACCUUUCUCACCAACUGGCAUGCUACGCCUUACCACGCUCCGCUGUAUUUGGCCCAAGCCAAGGGCUUCUUCAAGGAAGAAGGCAUCAAGGUGGCCCUGCUGGAGCCUAACGAUCCAAGCGACGUCACGGAGAUUAUCGGCAGCGGCAAAGUCGAUUUAGGCUUCAAGGCCAUGAUUCACACUCUAGCUGCCAAGGCUCGCAACUUUCCCGUCGUGUCCAUCGGCAGCUUGCUGGACGAACCUUUUACCGGCGUCAUCUACCUCGAAGAGUCCGGCAUCACGACCGACUUCCGGUCUCUCAAAGGCAAGCGCAUCGGCUACGUCGGCGAGUUUGGCAAGAUCCAAAUCGACGAACUGACGUCCCACUACGGCCUGACCCCGGACGACUACACCGCUGUAAGGUGCGGCAUGAACGUCUCCAAGGCAAUCAUGCAGGGACAUGUCGACGCCGGCAUUGGUCUCGACAACGUGCAGAUGGUUGAGCUGGAAGAGUGGCUCGCCAGCCAGGGCCGCGACAAGUCUGGAGUGCGCAUGCUGCGCAUCGACGAGCUUGCCGAGCUCGGCUGCUGCUGCUUCUGCUCCAUCCUGUACAUUGGCAACGAGACCUUUGUGUCCAACAACCCGGAAAAGGUGCGCGCCUUCAUGCGUGCCGUCAAGCGGGCCACCGACUUUGUCCUUUCCGACCCCCGCCAAGCCUGGGAUGAGUACGUCGACUUCAAACCCGCCAUGAAGUCGCCGCUCAACUGGAAGAUGUUUGAGCGCAGCUACGCCUACUUUUCGCAAGACUUGAAGAAUGUGCGGCGAGACUGGGACAAGGUGACCAAGUACGGCAAGAGGCUGGGUGUGCUGAGCCCCGACUUUGAGCCCAACUACACCAACGAGUUUCUCACCUGGACUCUCGAGCCUGACUCUGCGGACCCCACGGGGGAUCAGAAGCGCAUGGUCGAGCUGCAGUGCCAUGUUGCUCGCUGCGGUGGUUUCCGCCGCCUGCCCGGCGCUGUGGGGGCUUGA